UCUGAUCCUCGUGUUGGGUACGCGAAGCGGGCGAAUAGGGGGCUCAGUGGUUACUGCUGAACUGGUACAAAAUGUAGACAGCGCGGCCGUCCUGAGUAGUUCACAUGGGAACCGUUAAGCUCCGCUACUAACUAUUUCGUGCUGCUCCUAAGAUGAAGCUGUCUCCACAAGUAAACGCAGCACUUGCUGCGGCCUCGCUGCUUGACGGGUGUCUGGCUGCGACGUCUGGCAAGUUUAACAUUUUGUCCAUGAACGUCGCAGGCCUGCCGGCAAUCUUCAACGGCAACGACGUGCCCGGAGAUAAGGCAACAAACUCGGCGAGCAUCGGGUCCAAGUUUGCCGAAUAUGGCCUCGACGUCAUCCACAUGCAGGAGGACUUCAACUACCAUGCCCACAUCUACCGCACCGACACCCACCCGUUUAGGACGGCGACGUCCGGUGGGGUCCCUUUCGGAUCUGGCCUCAACACCCUGUCCAACUUCGACUGGGUCGAUUUCCGGCGGGUCAAGUGGGACACCUGCUCCAACGCCUCCGGGGCCGACUGCCUGACGCCCAAGGGCUUCACCUUCAUGCGAGUGGCCAUCGCCGGCCCCACCGACAACUCGACCGCGGUAUAUGUGGACUUCUAUAACCUGCACACAGACGCCGGCGGCGAGGAGCAGGACCUCGCUGCGCGGCAGCACAACGUCAACCAGGUGACCGGAUAUAUUUCUCAAUGGAGCAAGGGCAACGCCGUCGUGGUUCACGGGGACUUCAACAGCCGCUACAGCCGCACGGCGGACACUGCAAUUCGGGCAAUGCUCGCGAGUGAGAACCCGGAAGGCCCCGGCAUGACCGACCCCUGGGUCGAGCUUCAACGCGGCGGGGUCGUCCCCACGGAGGAGGACGUGUGCGGCAACCCGGCUAGCGGCAAUGCUUGCGAGGUGGUCGACAAGGUCUUCUACCGAUCGGGUCCGCUGGUGACGCUACAGGCGGAGACGUUCCGAUACGAUGGCGGGCGGUUCCUGCAGGCCGAUGGAAACAUCCUUUCAGACCAUAACCCUGUCUUUGUGGACUUUGGUUGGUCCUCGGGCUCGUCCCUUCGGCAGAGCGACUUCUCAGGGGGCGCAUUCGGCACUUGGUUCAGCGACGUGCCGACACUUGCGGGCAUCGCCAAACCCAAGCCUGCCGCGCUGGCGUUCCGGGGCGGAUCUCGGCUUGACGGGGUGGCCCUGACACUCGGAGACGGCACCAUCCUCCGCCAUGGUGGCACCAGCGGGACGGAGGUCUCCCUCGAACUGGGCCCAGCGGAGUACUGGGUGGAGGCGGAGCUCUGCCGUGGGGAGAAGAGCGGCAAGACCCGGAACUUCUACAUCCACGCGGCGACUUCGCUGGGGCGCACCCUGGAGGCGGGUACGAUGACCGCGGACUGCACCACCUUUUCGGCACCUGAGGGCUGGCAGGUCGUUGGUUUUGUUGGACAGGAUGGCGACGAGAUAGACCAGCUCGCUUUCGUGUACGCCCCGCAGUGAUGGGGAAUGUGAUCGUGGAGGAAUCU